AUGGUUGGCGGCAAAGACCACGUCCUGAAUACAGCCCAAGUCGAUCUCAUCGCAUCUAUACUGGUUGACGAAUUUGACCCUUACAUCCGAGAGCACGACCCUGGCUUUUCGGGGUUUCCAGCCGUCAGUCAGUGGGUAGCUCGACGGAAGAAGGACAUUGUCGACAAUGACCCGAUAUUUGCGACGGAGGAACAGUCACGCAAGAAACUGUAUAUGCAGCUUGUUGAUCGGAAGUUUAGGAACUUCUACCAUGGCCUUCGAGAGCGUGAAAGUCCGCUGAGUAAAGCGCUUCUGAAGCUCCUCAUUCCCCGAACCACGGCCCUCCACCUCUUUGAGCUCGAGGUAAAGCAGGAACUCGACGACUCCGGUAAGGACCCCGGCGAAGGUUAUCAGACACGUCUUCGGAAGAGAUGGGACAGCUUGCCCAAACACACCCGGAAAGGAUACGAGCAGCAGGUUGAUGCCCUCGCCAAAGACAUCGAGAAGCAAGUGCACAGCUCUUUUUUGCGUCGAUAUCAUGCUGACAUCCUUGAUAGCAAUCGUGACUUGCUUUUCAGAAAUCUCAACACGACCCUGGAAGCGCUCUGCCAGGAGAAAGCGCUUGGGGGUUUGACGGCUAUUGCGUUGCUGGGCUAUAGAGAUAUUGAGACAGGAGAAAUACAGGUGAAACUAUGCGACGGACGUAUGGGCGACGAGAGCUCCGAGUUUGGGGCAGAUAAGGAAGAGAGAGCCGUCAUGCUGAAGCUAAUCGAAUCGUGGAAAGAGUACACCAAGAAGACUGUUCCUUCUCACAUGCCCCAGCCUGGCUCCUCAAUAUCCGAGGCAAUCGUCAUCCCACGUAACGAUCGUACCAUCGAGGAAAUUGUCAUUCCCCGUAACGGUCAUGGCAUCCCGGUUUUCCCAGCGCUCGAUCCGAGGAAUGUCACGCCAAGUAUGCUUGAGGAGAUCAUAGUCCAAUACUACAAUGAGAUAUGGGACGUUCAUAGUCCUCUUAGCCUGCCAUGGGACGACCUCGUGCAGAAUGCGGCCAAUUUCUACGACGUGGAUCGCUAUAGCUUCAUGUGCUUCAACAGAGAGGAGCUCAAGCAUACGGGCCUGCUGUACUCUCUCGCUGCGGUGCUUGAGAUGCAGUGCGGUAUCAAUGCACAUGAACCCUUCACUUUCAGGCCCGCUUCCGAUGCCGAGCACGGCGUCUCUGAUAGCCGACCAACGUCUUCGCUUGGCCCUACACGAGUUCACGAGCGCGAAAAACAAUACCAGGCGGAGCCUGCUGGAGCAGCCGUGCAAUCAACAGACAUCUCAGAAAUUGGUACAACGGUCGACUCGGAACCUCAGACGGUGUCUGCCUCGGAGCGUUUGUUUGACCCGGUCUUGGAUGCACGCUCGGGAGUUGCUAGGCUGACCUUACAGACGAGGCAGGACAACUUGCAUCCAAUCCCCCAAGCUCAAGAUCACGAGUGCUCGCAGCCUCACAACUCUGUACGCCGCCAUCAAAAACGCUUAGCGACCGUGGAAAAGUCUCGUCCUGCUGGCGAUAGACUUGCGAACAAGGCGAAUCGCAAAGCCAAGACCGAUCAUCGCGCCAUUGGUGUGAGGAAGACACUUCAGAGGCGGGGGCGCACAGAGAGGGUCUUAUCUGGAACGGGAUCGGCCGCAACCCUAAUUCCCGUACAAGGCGAGAAGGAUACCUUUUUCUCUCAAGGGUAUAAGUUCAAGCUCGCAAAGGGGUGGCAGCAUAGCUGGCAUAUAUCUUUGAACGAGUAUGCGAAACUCGGCGGAAAGAUUGUGGGUUCCAGUGAAUUCAAUGAUCGGGAGGAGGUCUUAGCAAUGACCAUGAUCGCGCGUGAUCCCGAAUGGAUGGCGAGUCAGUGGGAGGAGUGUGUUGUUUCUCGUCCUUAG